AAAGUUCAGCGCGCCGGCGGCACUUCCAACAUGGCGGCGGCCGGGGCGGCGGUGGCGCGCAGCCCGGGAGUCGGAGCCAGACCUGCGCCGGGAGCCCGGCGCUCGCCCCCGCCGCGGGCCGCACGGCUGCCGCGGCUGCUAGUGUUGUUGGCGGCGGCGGCGGCAGGGCCGGGCGCGGGCGGUGCGGCGCGGCUGUACCGCGCGGGCGAGGACGCAGUGUGGGUGCUGGACAGCGGCAGCGUGCGCGGGGCCACCGCCAAUAGCUCGGCCGCGUGGCUCGUGCAGUUCUACUCGUCGUGGUGUGGACACUGCAUCGGCUACGCGCCCACCUGGCGGGCCCUGGCCGGGGAUGUGCGAGACUGGGCCAGCGCCAUCCGCGUGGCGGCUCUGGACUGCAUGGAAGAGAAGAACCAGGCCGUGUGCCAUGACUAUGACAUCCACUUCUACCCCACCUUCCGGUAUUUUAAAGCAUUUACCAAGGAGUUUACAACUGGCGAAAAUUUUAAAGGACCCGACCGAGAGCUGCGAACAGUCAGACAGACCAUGAUUGACUUCCUGCAGAACCACACGGAAGGAAGCCGGCCGCCUGCCUGCCCGCCCCUGGACCCCAUUCAGCCCAGUGAUGUUCUUUCCCUCCUUGACAACCAUGGCAGCCAUUACGUGGCUAUUGUCUUUGAAAGCAACAGCUCCUACCUUGGACGGGAGGUGAUCUUAGACCUGAUCCCGUAUGAAGGCAUCGUGGUGGUCCGGGCGCUGGAUGGGGACAAAGCAUUUCUGGAGAAGCUCGGUGUUUCCUCAGUUCCUGCGUGUUACCUGAUCUACCCAAAUGGGUCGCAUGGAUUGAUUAACGUCGUGAAGCCUCUGCGGGCCUUCUUUUCCUCUUACCUGAAGUCAUUGCCGGAUGUGAGGAAAAAAUCGCUUUCCUUGCCUGAAAAGCCAAACAAAGAAGAAAAUUCAGAAGUCGUGGUUUGGAGAGAAUUUGACAAGUCCAAGCUGUACACGGCGGACCUGGAGUCAGGGCUGCACUACCUCCUGCGGGUGGAGCUGGCAGCCCACAAGUCCCUGGCUGGAGCAGAGCUGAAGACGCUCAAGGACUUUGUGACUGUCUUGGCUAAGCUGUUCCCUGGACGACCGUCAGUCAGGAAACUGUUGGAGACGCUGCAGGAGUGGCUGGCCAGCCUUCCCCUGGACAGGAUCCCCUACAACGCUGUGCUCGACCUGGUCAACAACAAGAUGCGGAUUUCUGGAAUAUUCCUUACUAAUCACAUAAAGUGGGUUGGAUGUCAAGGAAGCCGAUCUGAGUUGAGGGGUUACCCGUGUUCUCUCUGGAAACUGUUCCACACUUUGACUGUUGAAGCCUCAACCCACCCAGACGCCCUGGUUGGCACAGGCUUUGAAGACGACCCCCAGGCUGUGCUGCAGACGAUGAGGAGGUACAUUCACACCUUCUUUGGGUGUAAGGAAUGUGGCGAGCACUUUGAGGAAAUGGCUAAAGAAUCCAUGGACUCGGUGAAAACCCCAGACCAAGCCAUCCUCUGGCUUUGGAAGAAACAUAAUGUGGUGAAUGGCCGCCUGGCAGGCCAUCUGAGUGAGGAUCCCAGGUUUCCAAAGCUUCAGUGGCCCACUCCGGACCUCUGCCCAGCCUGCCACGAGGAAAUUAAGGGCCUGGCCAGCUGGGAUGAAGGCCACGUGCUCAGGUUCUUGAAGCAGCACUACACCCGCGACAACCUCUUAGACACGUAUUCUGCAGACCAGGGGGAUUCCGGUGAAGGAGGAGCCCUGGCCAGGGGUGAGGAAGAGGAGAAAAGACUCGCUCCCCCAGAGAUGUCCCGUGGAGAGCGAGACGCCCAGAGCGUCCGUCCACCCAGUGUGCUGGGCCCCAGGCCCGCCCUUCCAGACAGCUUGCACCACAGCUUGGACGUGAAACUCCAGGAUCCGGAUGGGCCCGGGGUCCACAAGGAGGUGGGGGGCGCUGCACCCUUCCUCGGGGUUGACUUCUCCAGCCUGGACAUGAGUCUCUGUGUCGUGCUGUACGUGGCCUCGUCCCUGUUCCUCAUGGUGAUGUACUUCUUCUUCCGGGUGAGGUCCAGGCGGUGGAAGGUCAAGCACCACCACCCGGCCGUGUGAGUGCCCGGGCGCUGCCAGCCAUGGCGGAAGCUCCCUCGGAGGCAGCCCUGCCCUGUGCCACCUGCAGCUUUAACAUGAUCAGGGAUUUUAUAAACAUGUGGGCCUGCUUUCACGUCGGACGGCACCUUUUGGCUUCCAAGUCCUGGUUUUACAAAUGCUCUUCUAACAAGGGAAGAACACGGGGUAAUUUUGUGGGGAUGUUUGCAUUCCUGGCAUACUCAAGUCUGUUCAUGCUCCUUUUGCAGGUCCUACAGCAAAAAGACUUCGGUAUUUUUACUCUUCUAGAUCUAAAAAGGAGGGUGGGAAGUCCAGGCCAAAUAGUGUACCCCACACACUUUCAUCUCGUUUCCUCGACUCUGCCUCAUCCUGCAAGGCCUUCUUUUUGUAUUUGGAGAAGAACCUCGCCCGCUCCCCCCGCAGCACCCCCUGCACCCUCUACUCCCUUGCCCCCCCCUGCUUCCCCCGUGCCCCCUGCCCCCUGCUCCAGGCUGCCAAGUGUUUUCCUUUGGCCGGGCGGGGACAGAGCAGAGUUCCAGGGACUAUCCUAUGCUUGUGGCCGCUUCCCUAGGGCAGGUUCCUGAGGGCUCUCGGUGUUCCACGCCAGAUGUGGGGAAUUCAACAGGGGAGGAACCACGGAAUUCUGUGGCUGUGCUGCAUUUCAGAAAAUAACCCCCAGAGGCCUCGGGCAGUGGACUUGGGGGUUGGAAGGAUGGCGGCUCAUUUAACCCGCAGAGGCAGCGCCUUUGUCUAUCUGGUGACGAGAGAGGCAGGUAAAUGGGGGCCAUUUGGCCACUGGUCCCUGGAGGGCAGCUCUGGGAUCAGUGGGCAGUGCUCAGAGCAGAGGCCCCUCUGUUGGGGGGUGGGGAGGAGAGCGGUCUGCCCUUGGGAGCACAGGCCCCAGGGAGACUUCUAAAGCCCCCUGCGUUGUCUGCUCGUCACCCAGCACCAGAGGCGUCUGCCACACACUCAAGCGUCUCACUCGGCCCGUGGAGGGGCGGAGGUGGCAGGGGCCUGCACCAGGCUGCUUUGCCUGAAGCUGUUUUGGGAAGUGUCUCCACACAGGCACUGAUCUCCCAGGCUUUGGUCAUGAUUUCUUUUACCAUUUCAUAAUUUUAAACAUUGUUUUUAAACCCAAAACAUUUAGUGGUCAAUUGCCUCUGAAGAUUUAAGCAAACAAAUACACUAUUUCUGGGAACAUUUAUAUUGAGAUUCUUUGUGGCUCUUGGUGUGUCUCACAGGCAAAAUUUGAUUUGGCUAAAAUAGACUCUCAUGUAUUUGUGUGCCCGUGUGUGUGUGUGUGUGUGAGAGAGAGAGAGACUUUGACGAUUUUAUUUUUUCCGCUUUGCCUACUUUAUGUUAUGUACUCCUGUGUUUACUAACGAGUUGAUCACAUGGAUGUAUUCAUAAGACCCCUGUAAUAUUGAUGUGAUUGUUGCCACUUAAAAAGUCAACAGCUGAUUCCUUAAACAACUGUCACAGAAUGGCUGGGCUGAGAACGCUGCCCAGGGCCCUGCAGCUGGUGGAAGGAGGUGUCUGCUGGGAGAGGUGUCUGGUGCCUCGGCCUCCUGCUUCACGUCUCUCACUCGAGAGUUGCUUAUGGUUUCACACUUUUUAACCCCUCUGUGCUUUAGCAGCCGUGACCUUGCCUUCGUUGCUUCAUCCAGUGCAGGCCUGGGUUAUUGAAGAAACCAGAGUGUUUCUCUUUCAGUUUGAAAACCAGGCAGGUUUACACAUGGGUUUCAGUGUAUUUGCCUUUGAACCCUUUAAACUAAACUUUUGCCUCUUGGCUAGUGUUGAAUAUAUUCAGCUGGGGUGGCCUGGGGUGACCUGGGAUGGUGGUGUGGUUUACCGUCUCGUCUCCAGCUUCAGCCUUUCCGGAAACCCUUGUGGAGGGCAGUGUUGGCUGCUUUCCUCAUCAUAUUGCAGUUCGAGGUCACCACUAUUUGGGGGACAAGCUUGCGUCCUGCUGAGGGGCAGGAUUUUCAGCAGAGCGUCAGUGGUGGGGCUGGGCCAUCGUGGAGGUGGCCUCAGGUUGUAAUGUCAUGCCCAAACACACCUUGUGUGGCCUGCUCAGAGCUGGAUGCCGCCUUUAGGCAAUGUUUAGAGUCUAUUUUCUAAAGUUUUAAGUAUUUUAAGAGGUAUUGAGACUAAUGAAUAUAAUAGUUCAGUAAUUUAAAUGCUUAUUUAUUUUCAAUGGAAGGAUUUUUAUUAAAAAGAAGCAAAUCGACAUGGAAAUGUCAGUGAAAUUUCUUACCUGCAAGGAAAGUGAAUAUUUUGUAUUUAAGUAAACUAUGAUGUACACAUUUUAAUAAAGAAAUCUGACAUUUGAAAAAA